AUGGUGUUCUGCGGCACGGGCAGCUUCAAGGACGUCGACAAGGAGGAGGGCGCCGGCGCCGGCGGGAAGCCGGACGCGGCGGCCAAGGCGAAGAAGGCCGGCGGCAAGGCCAAGGGGAAGGACAACCCCUAUGCGUCGCGGGGGCUCGACAAGUUCUCCACCGUGCUGUCCGAGCUCGAGUCCAAGCGGGAGAAGAUCCUGCGCCGCGCCGGCCCGGACGCCGACGCCGGCCACCUCAUGGUCCGGUUCGUGCAGUCCGGGGCCAAGGGCUGGGUGCCCAUCGUCGUCAAGCUCCCGCACGAGGAGGAGCAGCAGGCUGCCGACGCAAAGAAGAGGCAGAGCAAGCCGGCCAAGCCGACCUCGCGGUCGUCGACGCCGCCCACGGAGCCUGCCAGCCCCAAAGAAGACCCGGUUAAGCCCGUGCACGUUGCCCCGGUGCCGGCGCCGGCGAAGACAGCUGUGCCGGCGAAGAAGAGUAAGGCCAGCCGCGUGAGGUGGUCCUGGGCCUGGGGAAGGAAGGUAAGGCCUUGCUACUACUGGCCGCUGGCCAUGGCGCUGCUGCUGCUGAGCCUGGUGGUGUUCGGGAGGGUGUUCGCCAUCUGCUGCACCUCCAUUUGGUGGUACCUCCUGCCGAUCUUGAGCGGGGAGGAAGCCCUCGGCGUGACGAGAUCGCCGGCAGCCAAGGCACGCAAGGAUGUUGGCAACAAGGUCGGCGACAAACUCGCGGUGGCGCCGCCUCCUUCGCAUGGUAAGAAGGGUAGCUCUGGCGCUGCUCAUGAGGUGAUUUCGCCAAGAAGUCAUGCACAUCGAAAGAAGGGUUGAUUUGCAGGAUGUCUUGUGCUUUAGUUUGUAAAUUUUGUGUAGUUGGGUGGCCGGAAAGAAAAAAAAUUUCCAGGUUAUCUUUCCUCCCUUCUUUUAGAAGUUGAUUUACCUUUUUUAUUUUCGUGCCUGUAAAAAUGUACAUCAGCCCCUUCUUUGUGUGGCUACCCCAAAAGUGUUUAUAAAGCAUCGAUCGUUCGGAGUAAA